AUGGACAUCUCCAUCGAGAUUGACCCGGAUUACUAUGAUCUUCAACGGGACGACUAUGCAGAUACCGACUUUGCUUCGUGUACAUCUGACGAGCAACAAUUUGAGAGCUUAGAGGCAGGUCACCUCCUCUGUAUACUCUUAGAUGCCCAUACCGAAAACCCACUCUUUCAAGCACCAGUGAAGGACCCCAAGCAAAUCCUAGACAUCGGCACAGGCCGAGGUAACUGGGCUAUCGAUACAGCCGACAUGUUCCCGAACACAACCGUCAGAGGCGUAGACCUCUUCCCCCCACCAGGAGACUGGCUCCCCCCAAACUGCAUAAUGGAAGUCGAUGACGUCCUCCAGGAAUGGACCUGGCGCCAGCCCUUUGACCUAAUCCAUAUACUCCAGCUGAUAGGCGCAUUCACACCUGUGGAAUGGGACGGUCUAUUUAGCCAGUGUUACAACAUGUCUACAGACUCCAGCAUGGUCCAGUUCACGGAAGCGGUGUUCCGUGCCGGACAGGAAUGGGAUCACCCCCUCGAUACGCUGGAUACGAUGCGUGCAGCAAUGGAAAAAGCCGGCUUUGUCGAUAUCCACGAGAAGAGGUAUAGAUGGCCUGUUGGGCCGUGGGCUCGGGACCCUACGCUUAAAGAAGCGGGGAGGUUGCAUUAUCAUCAGUGGACGGCUGGUAUGGAGGGUUGGGGGAUGUAUCUUCUUACUAAAUUUGGGGUUCCAACGCCCUGGACAAAGGAGGAGGUGCAGGUUUUGUUGGCGGGGGUUAGGAAGGAGUUGCAAAAUCCGCACGUUCAUAUGUGGCAGUAUGCGAGGAGGGUUUGGGGAAGGAAGCCUAUGGCAGAGGAAGACGUGAAGGUGAAGAGUGAGGCCGUUGUUAUUGGGGAUUCUGGAAUUUAG